AUGGAUGAUAUCGCAUUAAAUAAAUCUACUGCUGAAACUGAAACUGCAACUUUGUAUGGGGGAAAAACUUUUUCAAAUUGGGAAUCGUGUGAGGCAUUUUUAUCUGAAUGGGCCAAGAAACAAGGUUUUCGAAUGAUCAAAGAUCGAGUGUUUCGUGAAAAAAACAUUGUACGACGGCGAACAUUUAUAUGUGAUCAUGGUCGAAAUUAUGAUUCCAAUUCAAGUAAAGAUACGGCUUCAAAAAAGUUGAAAUGUCCAUUUUUGGUUAAUGUUUCGUAUCCUAAAACUAAAAAUCCUAGGGAUUUGGUAUUUGUUAAUAAAGUUGUAGAAAAUCACAAUCAUGCUUUAAACAGGGAAAUGAUAGAAUUUGAGGAGUCUAAAAAAUUUACAAAAGAAAUGAUUGAUGAUAUUAGAUUUAUGACCGUCUCUUGUAAAUUUGGUGCUACAAGUCAGAGGAGGUUUCUUGAAAAUAAAUACCCAUUACAUCCUAUUUACUCGAAAGACCUAUAUGCAACUAUUAGUAAAUUUCGUCCAAUGCAAAAUUCGUUGUCAAAUGAUGCAUCCCAAGUUUCAAAUUGGCUCGAUCAGCAGAAAGAGCUUGACUCCCGAUGGUAUGUAGCAUAG